AUGAGGCUACACAACUCUCAGCUUGGAGAUGCCUACCAAGACGAAAAGAAGAAAAAGAUUAGACAAAAUCUUGGAACAGAAGAUUGGAUCGCGCUUACGGAGCCGGGAUCUUAUCUAAACUACGUGAAGAGUCUAUCAAUGAGAUGGCCCCAACUCGAGCUGCUAUCCGACUUCAUGGAAGUUGGGACAGCGCCGACGCGCUGGUGUAUCUUCCCUGGAGAAGAAAAGGACAAGAAUGAGCAACGCCGAUAUACAUAUCCCACGAGCAUACCCAGGAAAUUGAACAGAUUCGCCGAACAACAAAGAUGGACGUUGCUUUGCUCAAGUUCCGACAGACAGGAAACCCAGAAUUUACAAGUUAUCGUUUGCAAGGAGAGUAUACGGCCGAGGAUGUUAGGGCUACCAAGAGUCGUUUACAAGAUGCAGCCAACCCCAGAAGCUGGUUAUCCUCUUUGGCGUGGAUAUCCCAACUGGGAUGAAAUGCCUGAGUUCGGUUCCAACUACACCCCUCAGGACCCAGUACGUGACCUUCAGAUCCCGCCAUCUUUGAGAUCCAAGGAUUCUGGAAACCCAAUGAGCUGGUUCGAAGAAUACAUUUUCUGGGCCCAGAGGACCACCAACUUCGGUUUCUUUUGUUGUUUUAUCGCCAUUGGCUGUUGA